GUAUUGGUGAGAAGUGAGGGAAAUGGAAAAGGGGUGGGAUCGUGGAGCGAGCGUGGGAGGGAUGGGAGGAAGGCGGUACCUGGGUGUGGCGGUGGCUCUGAUGGUGGCACUAGUAGUGGUGGAAGGGUACCCAACGGAGGAUUUGGUGGCGGCACUGCCUGGCCAGCCAAAGGUCGGGUUCAAGCAGUACGCUGGCUAUGUUGACGUGGAUCCCGGCCACGGCAAGAGUUUGUUCUACUACUUUGUGGAGGCCCAGCACGAGGCUCUUCACAAGCCCCUCACCCUCUGGCUCAAUGGAGGUCCCGGCUGUUCCUCCAUUGGCGGCGGCGCCUUCACUGAGUUGGGUCCCUUUUAUCCCACACCUGAUGGCCGUGGCCUCCGAACCAAUUCCAUGUCUUGGAACUCAGUAUCCAACCUGCUGUUCGUGGAGUCUCCUGCCGGAGUUGGCUGGUCCUACUCAAAUACGACGUCUGAUUAUAACACCGGAGAUGCCUCCACCGCCUUCGACAUGUACUUGUUCAUGCUGAAAUGGUACGACAAGUUUCCAACGUACAGAUCAAGGCAGCUCUUUCUUUCCGGAGAAAGUUAUGCAGGACAUUACAUACCCCAGUUGGCCGAUUUGCUAUUGGACCACAACACUCGUUCAACUGGUUUCAAAUUCAACAUCAAGGGAGUUGCAAUUGGAAACCCUCUCCUGAAACUUGACCGGGAUAUUCCUGCGACAUACGAGUUCUUCUGGUCCCAUGGCAUGAUUUCCGAUGAAACUGGCCUCGCCGUUAUGAAUGAUUGCGAUUUCCAGGAUUAUGUGCUUCCCAGUCCUCACAACGAAUCUCAUUCCUGCAACCUCGCCAUAGCCGAGGCUGAUCGUGUCGUGGGCAAUUACAUUAACGAUUAUGACGUGAUCCUCGAUGUUUGUUAUCCUUCCAUUGCUGAGCAAGAACUCAGACUCAAAAAGAUGGCUUCCAAAAUAAGUUUAGGCGUUGAUGUUUGUAUGGAUUAUGAAAGAGACUUUUAUUUCAACCUCCCCGAGGUUCAGAAGGCUCUCCAUGCAAACAGUACCAGUCUGCCCUAUAGCUGGUCCAUGUGCAGCGACUUUUUGAAUUAUAGCGAUUCUGACGGUAAAAUCAACAUCCUUCCAAUUCUCCGGAAGAUACUUCAGAAUGGCAUCCCAGUUUGGGUUUACAGUGGAGACCAAGAUUCUGUUGUGCCAUUGCUGGGUUCGAGAACGCUAAUGCGAGAACUAGCUCGUGACAUGAAGAUGAAGAUUACAGUACCAUAUAGAGCUUGGUUCCACAAAGGCCAGGUAGGAGGAUGGGUAACGGAGUAUGGGAAUUUGCUGACAUUUGCGACGGUGAGAGGGGCGGCUCACAUGGUGCCUUAUGCACAGCCAUCGAGAGCACUGCAAUUAUUUACUUCGUUUGUGAGUGGACGAAGGUUGCCUAAUACAACUCAUCCACUCAUCAAUGGCUGAUUUUUAAUGUCUUACCAGUUGCUAUAUAUACUAUAGCACAUAUAUCUGGAUUCUCUACCCCCUCUUGUUUGAGUCUUGACUGAGUGCCAUGGAAUGGAAACAGCAAUAUAUGUGUUCCGCUUCUGUAAGGAAA